UUAUUUUGAAAGCAAGACCAGACGUCCGGGAGCUUCCUGCGUUAUUGAGCUUGAUGGUAGAAGUAGGUGAAAAGUUGCAAUGCAGCCUGGAUAGGCGCUGUCAGAACCUGUUCCCAGACGGAAGGACAGCUUCGUACUUCAACCUGCUGCUGGAGGAAUACGAGUUGUGACCAUGGUGCUGAAACAGUGUCAUCCUCGACUUAAACGGUUUGUUCUUAACCACAGAGAAAAGUGGUGUGAUCUUUCUCUCCAUCAAGACAAAGUGGGCAGUUUUGUGCCAACGGCAUCGAGAUUUCCCCCGACCAUGUCGACUCUGAUAGCCGUCAUCACAUCACCAUGUCUCCAGUGUGUCAUCGCUGAACCUUCCUGCAGCUCUGAGAGGCCGUGGGGAACGAGACGAGCCCCCGGACUGAAGCAUCUUUCUGCUGUGACACGCAUGUCUGUAAGAGAGCUGAGCACCUCCAUCAGAGCGUUCCAGUAUGAUCUGAGACCAGAUGUACCGAAGUGUGAAGGCCGAAAGCUGUUUUUUGACACACACGCGGUGGUACGACUCCUUGAAGAAAAUGGUUUCACAACGCAGCAAGCCGAGGUGAUAGUUAAGGUACUGCUGAGGAUGACCAACUCUAACAUGGAUGUAAUCUAUAAUGACAUGGUAACCAAAGUGCAGCAGGAGAUAAUGCUGCAGCGUGUGAUGUCUCAAAUAGCAGCUGUAAAGAAGGACAUGAUAAUCCUUGAGAAGAGCGAGUUCUCCACUUUACUUGCAGAGAAUGAGAAACUCAAGAUCCAGUUAUUGCAGCUCAAGGUUCAACUGGCUGAUAUAAUGAAUAAAGUGCGCUCAGACAAUAUUUUGGACAUGAAUUUGGAGAAAAGCCGUGUGAAGGAAUUGAAAGCAGAGCAUGAGAAGAAGCUUCUGGAAACGCGAACUGAAAUUAUGGAAAUGACUGCAGAGCAAGAUCGUCAUUUGACUCAGACCAACAUGAAAAUAGACACUGAAGUGGCCGGUUUGAAAACCAUGUUAGAGUCUCAUAAACUGGAUACUAUAAAAUAUCUUGCAGGUUCAGUGUUCACUUGUCUUACUGUGGUUCUGGGAUUCUACCGUAUUUGGAUGUGAGCAGUUGUCAGCACACAGUAACAUGUGCCAAACAUUUGCUGAGCGUUCCUGUGAAAGCCCAGUAUUCAUGUCAAACAAUGUUUUGACGUGUCCCUCACCCAAGCAAACAGACUGUGGUUAUGACUGUCACAUGACCUGUCUUAAUACUUGAACGUUCAGUGCAUCCUCUGAAUCUAUCAGCAUUCAGAGACCUAUUCUCUUUCACGUCUGACCUCAUUUUAUUGCAUUUUAUUGAUGAAUAUGACUUUGCAAUUACUGCUGCCAUCUCAUUAUUUUACCCUCAUUUUCAGAAGGAAUGAUAAACUGAGAAAUAGUAGUAAGGAAGUAAGACUAUUCCACCUGUUUUUGAGUAAAUGAAAAGUUGAAGCUGAAGUUAAUUUUUUUUUAUUGUGUAAAUAUUUUAUUUAUGUAUUAAGCUGUAAAUAAGAUAUAUGUCUGGAACUCAGAAGGGAUUUAUGUAACUAAAUUAUCACAUAUAUUUUACUUGUAUCUAUCGUUAUAUCUUGUGGUUUCAGAUAUGUUUUAAAGGGACUUUGGAUAUUUGAAUAAAAUAAAUAAA